AUGGCCUUUCAUGAUGGUUUAUCUCGCACUCAGCAGAUCCUGCUGGCAAUCUUCUGCUUCCCGCUGCUGCCCUUCUAUCUCUGCUACUUGUGUAAGUAGGGAAGUGUAACUUGAGCGUUAAUAACCCACGUGCAUGGGAGGAAGCCUUACACAUCUUACUCCAUACCUCAGUGAACUCAGUGAGAAUUACUUCUGAACGUGUAGAGUUGCACAACAAAACAGGUCCUGCUCUGAGGAAGUGGCUGUCUAAAGGGCAGCCAAGAGGAAAUGGAGAUUUAAUUCAAGAAUUCCGCCUUUAGUUCUAUGAGCCCGCUCACCUGUGAGUAAAAUGCAUAGUAGCUGGUGACUGGUUUUAACAUUUUAUAUGGUCUUCAUUGUAUGGAUUUACGUGUAAUUGUUGUAAACACUCUGAUAAUUUUUACGAAUAGUGGUGUCUAUAUAUAUUUCUAUAAAUAAAAUUUCCUCCAAAUGCUCCCUUUAUUCCCAGCCUGCUCCACCUGCCUUUCCCCAAUUCCUUUUCCUUCCCUUCUGCCCAUCACCAGAGAACUAAAAUUCCCACAUUGUUUUCUCAGAGCAACCUCACCCUGUCUCUGCCUUGGAAAACAGCCGAUGAAAACAGAGUGACGUUGUUCUUACAACCUUAUCAUUUAGCAAGAUAAUAUAUAUUUGUUAUAGACAUACAGACAGACAUUUAAGCCUAUAUAUUUAUAUAAUUUGUGCUUAGGUUGUGUGUCGGUUUCCAGACUUGCAACACACCUUUUGCCUCAGAAUCACUCCUCGUAAAACCGCUGCCAAAUUAUGCAAGAAUAACCAAAGCAAGGGACUCGUGCUGCUUCUAUGCCAGUCCUUUGUUCUGGAAUUGCUUCCUUUCACUCACUCCAAUCCAGAUAACAUCAUUUCCAACCCUCCUCUGGGAGAGAAUUAGGACAGAAGGAGAAGGUAGACCUGAAGAAGAGAGCUAUUGACCGUCAGGCAUGUUUCCUAUGUGUCUUUUUGUAAUAAUGAUAUUUCUGUAGGCUUUGCAACAAGUGAAGAGGAUAAAGGGCAGCCUGACUCCCUUGGUGAGUGAAUAUCAAAAUCCUAUUCUGUUUAUUUCUUGUCAUACUUUGGAUCAGUGUAAACACUGCUGCUGGGAGAACCACUUGCAUCUUUGGGCCUUCAUUUCUAUUCACCGAUUGUUAACCAAAUUUGAUGUAAGAUGUUCAUAGACUAACAUGGGUAACAGCCUGCGGUCUAACUUGUACAGUGGUACCUCGGUUUUGAAUUAUGCUUUUGAAUUAUGCUUUUGAAUUAUGGUGCUGGAGGAGACUCUUGAGAGUCCCAUGGACUGCAAGAAGAUCAAACCUAUCCGUUCUGAAGGAAAUCAGCCCUGAGUGCUCACUGAAAGGACAGAUCCUGAAGCUGAGGCUCCAAUACUUUGGCCAUGUCAUGAGAAGAGAAGACUCCCUGGAAAAGACCCUGAUGCUGGGAAAGAUGGAGGGCACAAGGAGAAGGGGACGACAGAGGACGAGAUGGUUAGACAGUGUUCUCGAAGCUACCAACAUGAGUUUGACCAAACUGCGGGAGGCAGUGGAAGGCAGGAGUGCCUGGCGUGCUCUGGUCCAUGGGGUCACGAAGAGUCGGCCAUGACUAAACAACUUAACAACAACAGCAACCUCGGUUUUUGAACAUAAUCCGUUCCGGAAGACCGUUCGAGUUCUGAAACAUUCUAAAACCGAAAACUCAACAGUCGACAGCUAGACCUCAGGAUCUUGCACCCAGCGGAAGCCGAGUGGUGUGUUUGACUUCCGAGGCAUGUUCAAAAACUUAAGCAUUUACGUCUGGGUUUACGGCAUUUGUAAACCGAAUGUUUACAAAAUCACAGCGCGAUGCCAACCGACGCUGGCACACUUAGGGAUCCGCAGAGUUUGCGCAGUUGCGUAACAGACCUCAGCAACUCGGCAUUUUGGCUAAUCUACUUUAUUUACAUAUAAACACACACGGAGCACUGCAACAUGGCUCCCUCUCUCUCUAGCAUCGGACAGCAAAGAGAAAAAGAACAAAGGACAAUAGUCCCACUUCACAGAACACAAUAACACAAACAUCCUGUCUCCAUCACUUCCCACUCUGUGGAGUCAAAACAUAUACCGUCAUGUGAAAGACAAAAAUCCCAUGACCGCAAUCAUGGAGCAGGAAUUCUAACAAUUUCCCCAACAAAAGCUUCCUUUUUCCCCUGCCCCCCCCCCGCACACAUGUGAGAAAGACAGGCACAAUACAAGCCAGAGCAGUAAUGAUGAAUUGUAUUUUUCCAACAGAUCAAGUAGAAGAAGGGGCGGUGCAGCAAUCAAACAGACAGCGCAGAUUAGCUGGUGAGAGAAAUGGAUCAAUUUAGUUGGCCAUGAUGCCACACUUAGUUCCUUGUUAUGUCUGUGCAUGUGUAAUGGCCUAGAUCUUGCUGGAGAGUUUUUCUCCUCGUGCACUGCGUCACAAUACAGGAGAGUCACCGAGAAAGAUGUGGUUGCCCAAACCCACAUUCCCAGCAUGUUCGCACUCCUGUCUCAGCAACGUCUAUGCUGCCUUGGUCAUGUCCACAAUCAGGGACGCGGGUGGCGCUGUGGUCUAAACCACCGAGCCUCUUGGGCUUGCUGAUUGAAAGGUUGGCGGUUCGAAUCCCCGCGACGGGGUGAGUUCCUGUUGCUCUGUCCCAGCUCCUGCUAACCUAGCAGUUCGAAAGCACGCCAGUGCAAGUAAAUAAAUAGGUACCACUAUGGCGGGAAGGUAAAUGGAAAUUCCAUGCGCUCUGGCUUCCAUCAUGGUGUUUUGUUGUGCUAGAAGCGGUUUAGUCCUGCUGGCCACAUGACCCGGAAAGCUGUCUGUGGACAAACGCCGGCUCCCUCGGCCUGAAGCGAGAUGCGCGCUCCAACCCCAUAGUUGCCUUUGACUGGACUUAACUGUCCAGGGGUUCCUUACCUUUACCAUGUCCACACAAUGGAAGAUGGCAGGAUCCCCAGGAAUAUACUGUAUGGGAAGCUGGUUUAAGGCACCAGGCAGACCAAGUCUGUGUUACAAAGAUGUCUGCAAACCUGACAUAAAGGCUGGCAACAUCAGCCCUGGCACAUGGGAAGACCUUGCAUGCAAACACAUAGCUUAAUUAACCAACUAAACUAUAAGCAGUGGGCAGGCUGACUUGCAUGUGGUUUUCUCAAUUUCUCUUGGAGGAAGUGGGAGGUAGUGAAAGAAGUAUAUGGACUAUGAUUGGGCUCACACCCUUACCAGGAAGCGUCCAUUAUGCACUGUUGGGAGUUAAAAAUAAUAGAAGGUCGUGCAGCCUCCCUAGGUCACUCCCCUUCCAUGUCCAGUGGGGGUGUUUGCAGACAAUUUUUGGGAAGCAAAGAGCAGGGGUGAGGAACUUGUGACCCUCCAGGUGUUGUUGGGCGUCCAGUACUCAUCAGUUCUGGCUAGCAUGGUCAGAGAUUAUAGGAGAUGCAGUGCAACAUCUGGAGGACUGCAGGUUCCCCAUCCUGGACUCAGUGGGAUAAACAUAUGAAAUGAUCUCCCCCAAAAUAACCUCCGCAGACUUUAGUGCUGCGGCUGGUGAGGUACUCUGAGCUAACAUAUGGACAUGGGCUUGGUUGCAUGCUUCAGGUAUGGUAUUGAUCAUGGCGGGUCAUAUUUCCAACAGCUCGAGCCGAAGAAGGAACGGGUCAAGAAAUAAACGAGAAUCCCAGAAUCACAGGUGAGAGUGGUUUGCUGUUUAACCAUCAACUGUAAAGCCUUCUUUUGGCGGCAAAUUGUCCAUGUUGUAGCUGUGCGUGUCAGAUGACCUGGGUGUCUCUACAGAGAGCAUUUCCCUCAGAUGCCAGGGCAGGUGGGAAGACCAAUGAUGCAGCCACCUUUGCUGAAGCCAAGCAGGUUUGGGUCCAGUCAGGCCUGGACGGGAGGCUUCCUGGCAAUUCCCUAUGUAUGCUGUCUCGAGUUCCGGGAGGAAUGAAAGAUUUGCAUUUGGCACAUGCAUGUACUAAAUAAUAAUAAGAAGAAGAGUUUGGAUUUGAUAUCCCGCUUUAUCACUACCCUAAGGAGUCUCAAAGCGGCUCACAAUCUCCUUUCCCUUCCUCCCCCACAACAAACACUCUGUGAGGUGAGUGGGGCUGAGAGACUUCAGAGAAGUGUGACUGGCCCAAGGUCACCCAGCAGCUGCAUGUGGAGGAGCGGAGACGCGAACCCGGUUCCCCAGAUUACGAGAUUACCGCUCUUAACCACUACACCACACUGACCCCUUAUAAAUAAAUAAAUAAGGGGUCCCAACUCACUUGUUGAGAUCUUAUGGGGAGGCCUCGCUUGGAACACCUUUAAGGAUUCAAGUAGAAGCAACUACGUGUGUUCAGUAAACCUGAAGGAGCAUCUUCCACCAUAGCUGUCAACGUUUCCCUUUUUUAAAGGGAAAUUACCUUAUUCCAAAUAGGAUUCCUCGCAAGAAAAGGGAAAAGUUGACAGCUAUGUCUUCCACCCCCAUCGUUCAGCCCGGACACUGACGUCCAGCUCUGAGGGCCUUCUGGCAGUUCCCUCACUGCGAGAAGUGAGGUUAUGGGGGGGAGGUUAUUGGUGGUGGCGCCUGCCCUGUGGAACGCCCUACCUUCAGAUGUCAAGGAAAUAAACAACUAUCUGACUUACAGUGGUACCCCGGGUUAAGAACUUAAUUCGUUCCGGUGAUCCGUUCUUAACCUGAAAUGGUUCUUAACCUGAGGUACCACUUUAGCUAAUGGGGCCUCCUGCUGCCACCGCGCGAUUUCAGUUCUCAUCCUGAGGUAAAGUUCUUAAGCUGAGGUACUAUUUCUGGGUUAGCGGAGUCUGUAACCUGAAGUGUAUGUAACCCGAGGUACCACUGUAUAAAGGUAAAGGGACCCCUGACUGUUAGGUCCAGUCGCAGACGACUCUGGGGUUGCGGCGCUCAUCUCGCUUUACUGGCCGAUAGAAGACAUCUGAAGGCAGCCCAGUUUAGGGAAGUUUUAAAUGUUUGAUGUUUUGUUGUGUUUUUAAUAUUAUGUUGGGAACCACCCAGAGUGGCUGGGGAAACCGAGCCAGAUGGGCAGGGUAUAAAUAAUAAAUUAUUAUUAUUAUUAUUAUUAUUAUUAUUAUUACUUGCCCUGAAUGGAGACCUUCAGAGAACAACCUAAAACUUAAUGUUCUUUGCUUGUCACCAUCAAACUUCUCCUCUCACUGUGUCCCUCUCACAACAGCCCUGUGAAGUAGAUUCCUACAGUUCUCAUUUUACAAAAGGGGUUGGAAGGGCACCAGCAUUCACCCAGCCAGGCCAGUCAUCAGGGCCGUGGUGGAGGUAAGAUUUCAGUCUGCAAAUCCAGCCCUAUUAACCCCAGGGCUGCACGUAACUUUCAGAUUUUCUAGAUAUUUGGAUCUGCUUUAGGCUCAGAGCAUUUGAUGAUAUCCCUUGUGGGUUCCUUUUCGGGUAUACAGUGGUACCUCGGGUUACAUAUGCUUCAGGUUACAGACGCUUCAGGUUACAAACUCCGCUAACCCAGAAAUGGUACCUUGGGUUAAGAACUUUACCUCAGGAUGAAAACAGAAAUCGUGCUCUGGCGGUGCGGCAGCAGCGGGAGGCCCCAUUAGCUAAAGUGGUGCUUCAGGUUAAGAACAGUUUCAGGUUAAGAACGGACCUCCGGAACAAAUUAAGUACUUAACCCAAGGUACCACUGUACGCCACUUUGAAUGUCUUUAUUUAUUUAUACCGUAUUUACUCGAAUGUAACGCACACCUUUUUUUGGCCAAACUUUGUUGAGAAAAUUAGGGUGCGCAUUAGAUUUUAUGGCGCAUUUGAUUUGCGUAAAUGCGGUAAUUAAACUGUGUGUAAAUUUUAUGAUAUAAGUUAUGCAGCAUAUGCUUUUUUUUUUUUUAAUCAGUCUCUGAGAUGUUCUCUUUGUUCUUUAAACAGGCCAGGCAGUUGAAACGCACAAUGAGGAUCAUCUGCCGGGUGUUACCUAUGAGCCUAAACAAAGUAUGUGAGCUGGUGAAUGUUGAUAACAUUAACUGCAAAGGCUGUAAGAGUGAUCUUGCUGAGGAAAUCUUGCUAAGGAGCUUGGUUUGAAAGAAAAGCCCAAUUGUAGUAACAACAGCAACAAAUCUUUUUGAAAUAUACUCAUUGUCGAGAGUGGAUUUCAUGCUCUUUAUUCAGCUCAUAGUGGUGAGGAGGAAUGGAAGUUCCCCCAAAGUAUCUGCUUUAUAUACAUUAUUUACACAAUGGGUCCCACGUGAUUGGCUAAUUCCGGAAUUCUCCUGUAGGCCAAUCAGGUUGUGGAUUGUCUUCCAUCUGGAGCUGGAUUGGGUGGCUCCUGCGGACCAAUCAUACUGCUGCAUUGUUCUAGGACCAAUCAGACUGCUGCAUUCUGAAUCCUAUUGUUCUGGGACCAAUCGGACUGUUGCAUUUUGGAUCCUAUUGUUCUAGGACCAAUCAGACUGCUGCAUUUUGGAUCUUAUUCAACUCAGUACACAACACCUUUUUAAAGGGUGUGCAUUGAAUAUUUUCAGCUUCUGGUUUUUCAGUAUUCUCUGGCACCAUUAUUUCCUGACUGUUGGUUCUUCAGGGCUACUUUUCUGCAAUCUGGAUUUACAGUGGUGCCUCGCAAGACGAAAUUAAUUCGUUCCGCAAGUUUUUUCUUCUUGCGAGUUUUUCGUCUUGCGAUGCACGGUGUCCCAUCGGAAUGCAUUGCAAAGCAAUUAAUGCGUUCCUAGGGACACCGACGACAGCCCAGGUCCGGCGACAGACUCUCCCCCGACCUCAUCUCAAGGCUGGGGGACAAGGGCUUUUCUUCCACCCACCCCAGCAUUUUAAAAACUCCGGGACAGCGGAGGGCUUCUCCGCUGUCCGGGGCGAUCUUAAAAUGCUGGCGGGCGGCAUUUAAAGUUGCUCCCGGGACAGCGGGAGGACUUCUCCGCUGUCCGGGGCAAUUUGAAAGCCCCUGGGAAGGCAGGCAGGGGGACAAAGACUUUGCCCCCGCCAGCCUUCAGAAGAGGUCCUGGACCUCUUCUGAAGGCUGGCGGGGGCGAAAGUCUUUGUCCCCCCACCUGCCUUCAAAAGCUGUCCAGCCAAGGCUUCGCGGACCUCUCCGCAAGCAGCGGCAGCACUGCCGCUGCUUGCGGAGAGCUGCCGGCAUGCCGGAGCCUGCGCGCGCUGAGAUCAGCGCGCCCAGGCUUCGCGGACCUCUCCGCGAGCAGCGGCAGCGCUGCCGCUGCUUGCGGAGAGCUGCCGGCAUGCCGAAGCCUGCGCGCGCUGAGAUCAGCGCGCCCAGGCUUCGCGGACCUCUCCUGCCUUCAAAGCCGUCCGGGAUAGCGGAAGCGCUCCCUGCUAUCCCGGACUGCUUUUAAAAUGCUGGCGGUGGGGAGCAAAGCCUUCGGCCCCCGCCAGCCUUCCUGGACCUCUUCUGAAGGCCGGAGGGGGGAAGGCUUUGCUCCCACCGCUAGCAUUUAAAAGAGGUCCUCGGAGAUUUCCUAUGGGCUUUCGUCUUGCGAAGCAAGCCCAUAGGGAAAUCUGCUUUAUGAGCGCCUCCAAAACGGAAAACCCUUUCGUCUAGCGGGUUUUCCGUCUUGCGAGGCGUUCGUCUUGCGGGGCACCACUGUAUUUUGCUUAUGUCACCUUUGAUAUGUGAUAUGGAGCCUGUGCAAGGGCUUCCUCAUUCCAAACCCAGAGGAUUUAACAUGCUACCUCUUAAAAAUGAAUAUUCGGUUAUUUCAAAACCCAUAAGAAAGAGCAAGCACGUUUCCCACCCCACCAACCUGAAAAGCAGCAAGAGGGGCAUUUCAUUUUUCCUGCCACUUUUGCAUGUUUUUACUGUGUAAUUGACUUGAUACCUCUGUUUGCAAGUUCUCGUUGUUUGUUUUUCUCCAGAUCAAAUCACUGUGGAAAUACAUCCGAGACACAGCACAUCGCGGAGCAAAAAGAAGUUCUCCUUCAGAAAAGGUAGGUCCGUUUCUGUGUUACAAUGCAUAAGAAAACAGAUUAUUAUUAUUAUUAUUUUAUGGGAAAUGUUUCAGCUUCCUCCUACCUGAGCUGCUUUAAUGUGAAUUAAAGGGUGCUGUAGUGAGUGUGGCAGAUCAAAGAACACUGAGGAUGACAUAUUCGUAAGUGCUGCAUAUUCUGUAACCUUCUGGAAGCAAGAAGUGACCUGUACUUUUUAGACGUGCACAGGAAUGCUAAACAGGUUUGGCUAGAGCUAUGAGCUUAACCAAGAGACUUGUUCGCAGCCUCCCUGUCCUUAGAAUCUCAUUUUAAAGAUAUAAAACCACAGGCAGGCAGAGGACCCAAAGAUGGACAUCCAAAAUACCCCCCCCCCCAUAUUCCGAAAGAGCUGAGAAACGUAUUCAUGUAUGCAACCGCUGCCGCAAGAAUCUUAAUAGCUAAAUGGUGGAAGGGAGAUAAAAUACCAACUAAAAUGGAGGGCAGGUGAAAGUACUUGAAUAUGUAGAAUUGGCAAAGAUGACAGGAAAAAUUAGGAACCAGACAAACCAACAGUUUAACAAAGAAUGGGAUUUAUUCAGAUUGUAUUUAAAAGAACAUUGUUCUCAUAGAAAAUCUUUGACAUGCUUUGAUUAACUUCUGCAAAAUGUCAUAUGCUACAAAGAUCAUGGAUAAUUUGUGUUAAGUUAAAGAGUAUAGAAAUAUGCAGUCAACAAGGAAACGAAGGACCCAUCCUGAGGAUGAUGGAAGUCUGAACAUAUGGAAGAAUUUUAUUUUAUAUGUAACAUUUUCUUUGUAUUUGAUGGGAUCUGUUUUUGUUGUUCUCUAUGUGGUGAAGGGACUUAAUAUUGAAAAAUUAAUAGAGAUUAAAUUGCAAAAUAACCCCCAAUCCUAUAAUGUAUUAUUCCACCUUGUGUUCCUAUGGAUUUAUUUAUUUUUUGUAACUCAUUCUUUGUGUGCAUGUGUGCUCCUGGUGUUGCAGGAAUCCAGGUAUUUCCUGAGUGGACAGGGAAGGACAAUGAAGGUAAGGGCUCCAAAUGGAACUUAGGUUCACAUGUGAUGGAGGUGUAAAUAUGGACAAUAUUUCUGGCAAAGGGUGUUUAAGGAGAUAACAUAAAUCACUGGGACAAAGCUGACCAAAAGUCCAGAGGUAGCAUCAAUUUACGAUGGGGUAGAAGGUUCGCAGGCUAUGAAGGACUUCCUCACAAAUAUAUUGAAAGCUGCACGAAUUAUGGUAUCUUGGAAGUGGAAGGGGCAAGCAGAAUAUAAAAUGGGGAAAUGGCAUGAAGAGGUGUGGGAUAUAGCUAUUAAUGAUAAAUUAACAUGUGCCAUUAAGGUAAGCGGGGAAUAUGCAGGAGAAAUGAUUUUGAGGAGAUACGGAAGGUGUUUGUAGAAGUUGUACUGUUAAAAGGGAAAGGGGGUCAAACCAUCGCUAGAGGUGUUGAAAUUUUGGGAGGUUGGAUAGUUACAAUGGAAUGGUUUCAGUGGUGGGGUGCACAUUUUUAUUAUUUAUUUAUGAUUAUUUCUUUGUCAAAAUAAUAAUAAUAAUAAUAAUAAUAAUAAUAAUAAUAAUAGCUAUUUUAUAUCGAGGGUUGUUCACACUUCUGUUUGCCCCCGCCACUUUCCAUGGGAAACCCAUUUUUUACCACUGAAUUAGAGCAAACAUCAACAGGCUUUUCUACAGAUUGAUGUUUGCUCCGAUUCAGCACUAAAGAGCAGGUUUUCCUGGGGAAAGUGGUGGGGCAAAUGGAAAACUGCUUGGAGCCAUACCUAGAAAGCAAUGGAAAAGUGGGAAACCACUCAGACCCAUAUGAAUGAGUCCUGAGUCAGAUCAUUGGUUCAUCUAGAUCAGGGGUCAGCAAACCUUUUCAUCAGGGGGCUGGUUCACUGUCCGUCAGACCUUGUGGUGGUGGUGGUGGGGGGCGGAGUAUAUUUUGAAAAAUAUAAAUACCCUGCAAGCGGGUCCCGCAGCUGCCUCUGGACCUGGAGGAGGAAGGCAUUCAGGACAUGCUCAGGAGCCCAUCUCGGUGUCGCCCGCUCACUGGCGCUGUUGACGAGUAGCAGCCACACCAUUGGCCUGUCCCUGUGAAGCUCCCAGGUGGCGUGCACCACGAGCUGCGGCCUGUCGUCCGAGGCCAGGUCAGUGGGCAAGCCACGCACUCCUCCAGCACGGCCGCUGAGUGUGCCAACAGCAGCAGCGCCGAACCAGGCGCCAGGCGUGGGGCCAGCUGGGGUGCCAAGCUCUGGCUGAAGCCCCGCGGUGCGCCCGUCACGAUGCCCAUGGCGUGGCCCAGACCCGCCGCCCCCCUGCCCGCCGGCCGGGGGGAAGAAGAAGAAGAGUUUUGGAUUUGAUAUCCCGCCUUUCACUCCCUUUAAGGAGUCUCAAAGCGGCUACCAUUCUCCUUUCCCUUCCUCCCCCACAACAAACACUCUGUGAGGUGAGUGGGGCUGAGAGACCUCAAAGAAGUGUGACUAGCCCCAGGUCACCCAGCAACUGCAUGUGGAGGAGCGGAGACGCGAACCCGGUUCCCCAGAUUACGAAUCUACCGCUCUUAACCACUACACCACACUGGCUCUCUGUCCAUGACUGCGCCGGGUUUACCUCAGCGCGUGGGCGGCAAAGGUUUGGAUUGGCUUCAGGAACUUCCUGCAGCCAAUCCAAAUCUGCGCCAGCGUCACAGAAGUCAGUCCCUGCGCGGCAAAGCAUCUGUGACUUCUUUUCAAGGAAACGCCACGCCGGUUUAGCUCAGUGCGGGGAUUGACCGAGUGGGCGGCAGAGUCUGCGGGCCAGAUUUACGAGCCUGGUGGGCCACAUCCAGCCCCCGGGCCGUAGUUUGCCAACCCCUGAUGUAGACCAGUAUUGUUGAUCCUGACCAGCAAACAGCCUCCUGGCGUUUCAGGUGGGAAACAUUCAUAGCACUGCCAGGAGAUGUUUGAGUUUGAACCAGGGCCUUUCUGCUUGCCAAGCAGAUGCUCCAGCAGCGAGCUAUGGCCCACUCCCUAAAGGCAGAAUUCAGAGCAAAGAUUGCGCUCAAUCAAGGGGGUGGAGCGACUCGCCUUUGAAGAAAGGGUGCUGUGUUUUUCCUCCAUCUCCCUUAACACUAGAACUCAUGAGCAUCCAAACUGGAAGACUGCCUUCCCCCAUGUUGGCUGGGUUCGGUGGGAGUUAGUAACGUAGCAGCCUCUGGGGGGCAGCAGCUUCUGCAUCAUUGCUUUAAGGCAGGGGUCAGCAACCUAAGGCCCAUGGGCCGGAAGCAGCCCGCGGAGGUCGUUUGACCGGCUCACGAGCCGCCCCCGAAAUGAGUUGCCUGCUUGCGCCCUGUGCUAACCCCACACAGCGCGGUGCGGGGACUCGCUUCUGCGGCGCCGGAAAUCGCGUUUGUGCAGACGCAGAUGCUGGAAAUCGUGUCUGCGCAUGGACAGACGCUGGAAAUCACAGGCGUACGCUCUCACAUAUGCGCGAUAUACAGCCCACGGAGGGAUCCUGGCAGGACCGAUCCGGCCCAGGCAAGAUAAACCUUGCUGACCCCUGCUUUAUGGGCAGCUAUGAAAAUUACACUGACAGCGGGUGGCGCUGUGGGUUAAACCACAGAGCCUAGGACUUGCCGAUCAGAAGGUCGGCGGUUUGAAUCCCCACGACGGGGUGAGCUCCCGUUGCUCGGUCCCUGCUCCUGCCCACCUAGCAGUUUGAAAGCACGUCAAAGUGCAAGUAGAUAAAUAGGUACCUCUCCGGCGGGAAGGUAAACGGCAUUUCUGUGCGCUGCUCUGGUUCGCCAGAAGUGGCUUAGCCAUGCUGGCCACAUGACCCGGAAACUGUACGCCGGCUCCCUCGGCCAAUAAAGUGAGAUGAGCGCCGCAACCCCAGAAUCGGUCACGACUGGACCUAAUGGUCAGGGGUCCCUUUACCUUUUAAGAGCAAUAUAUCGAGGUAUCUGUGGCUGUAUGCAUGUUGUUGGGCUCCCAUUGUUUCCCGGCCAGCAUGACUAAUGGCCAGGAAUGAUGAAUGUUGCAAAAUACGUUUGAAUGUACAUAUUGUCUCAUCCCAGCAAUAACCAUUUUGCAGGGUUUCAGGAUGAUGGAGAAAAGGGAUCAAAGCUGUCUAAGGGACAAGUUCUGUAUGGUAAAUAUAAGUUGUUUUUAUUUAUUUAUAUAAAUUUUAUUUUUGCAUUUUCUAGUUUACAUAAACAAAUGAAUUAAAUACAUAAACAUAUAAUCAAUUUUGACUCCUCCCCCCCAUUGUGGAUCUUAAUGUAAUGAUUUCCCCCUCUAUCUCUUUCAUAACUCUAUUUUUAUAAAUCGUUUCUCAAUCCAUAGUUCAAAUUUUUACACAAGUUUUCUGUCAAUCCUACCGAUAUAUGUACCGUAAUUGUUUACAAUAGCUUUUCAAAUAAAUUAUAAACCUUCCCUGUUCUUUAUUAAAGACCUCCUCUUCCUGGUUUCUAAUUCUUCCUGUAAGAAUUUCCUCUUUAGAUCGCAUAAAAGUUGUUUGUUAUAUUUGCCUGCUGGCCUGGAUCCUGUAUACAGCGGUUCUUCAGGUUACGAACUUAAUUCGUUCCGGAAGUCCGUUCUUAACCCAAAGCGUUUUUAACCCGAGGCGCGCAUUCCCUACAUAGGCCUCCUGUGGGCCUGGAAGCAGAUUGCGUUCGUAUUCCAGGGCAAAGUUUGCAACCCGGAACACCUACUUCCGGGUUUGUGGAGUUCGUAACCAGAAGCGUUCGUAAGCAGGACUGUUCAUAACCCAAGGUACCACUGUAUUUGGUGUGGGGAGUCUUUAGCUCGCCAGGUGUUGUUAGACUACAAUUCCCAUCAGCCCCAACAAGCAUGGCCAGUGGCCAAGGAAUGAUGGUAGUUAUAGUUCAGCAGCUUCUGGCAGGCCAAAGAUCCCCCACACAUCUUAUAUAUCUUAGCUGAGCCCAUCCACAACCACUUGAGUUCUUCUGGGAACAAGGCUUGCAUGGGAAAUAUUAACCGCACUGAACCUUGGCCACCAAGGCCGACCCUACCAUUAGACAGAGCAAAAUGCUGCCUCAGGCAUCAGAUACUUGGGAACGGGAAGAAUGAGUGAGGUGUCGUUGGGCAGCUCUGUACAUGCUAACGCAGCCUGCCCUGCAUCCUCUAAUUUAGCCUGCUCUCCUCAGGUACGGUGGAGCAUUCUGUCUCAUCCCCAGUGUUUGGUUCCUGCAAGCGGAAUGGGGUUUCUAUUAUAUGUGGCAUGUGGGUGGGUGGGUACAUUUUGUCCAUCACUUCAUGCAGUCCUGUUUGUGUCACUGUUAUGCUAUCUGCUAGGGUUAAAAGACAGAGGUUUUGGUGUGAAGGGAGAUUCUUUGAGGAGGUAACAAGUAUUCAAGUGUGAGGUGCGCACCAUGCCACUCCCAUUACAAGAUUCGUCUGCUUUGGCCCAAGAAAAGCCAUGCUCUAAAAAUGUUUCGCAAGAACUGAUCAGCAUCCUAUCUGGUCCAGCACUGUUGGGGUGUCCCCCUUUUCUCCAUGGCUGUUUAAGCAGAGCAAUAAUGGUAACAGGGUAGGUGAAACCCCUCUACUCCCUGCUACUGGAUUUCAUUUGAGGAGCAGCACAGUUGGCUCCCUGUUUAUUUGCCGUGGGGAUGCAGAUGCAGCGUGGGGGCACAUCCCCACCUCAGCAUAAGACACGCCACAGCGUGUCUAGCCGCCAUGCCCACUCUCUGACCUUUGCCUCCCUCGCAGAAAGUUUGCUUAAGUUCCACUUGGCUGGAUGGUUGGCGAAUGUAGCAGACUUUCGAGUAUCAGGGGAACAUUUGGGGGGAAACGCCUGUCUGACAUGUGAAUCGCUAACACUAGAAAUGUGCCUUGCUGGAAAUACAUUAAGUUCAGGAUUGUUUUGCUACUCUUUCCAAUUGUUGACUUCUGCUAAUAAAAGGAGCCUUGGCAGAGCUAGCCGGCAGCUUGCUUGGAGCAUGCUUGCAUGCUUGCUCCUGCACAGCUCACGUGCAUUUACUAGUUUUUUUGCUCUAUAAGACUCACUUUUUCCCUCCUAAAAAGUAAGGGGAAAUGUGUGUGCGUCUUAUGGAGUGAAUGCAGGCUGCGCAGCUAUCCCAGAAGCCAGAACAGCAAGAGGGAUUGCUGCUUUCACUGCGCAGCGAUCCCUCUUGCUGUUCUGGCUUCUGAGAUUCAGAAUCUUUUUUUUCUUGUUUUCCUCCUCCAAAAACUAGGUGCGUCUUGUGGUCUGGUGCGUCUUAUAGAGCGAAAAAUACGGCAGCUCCCAUGCCGUCCUCCGUUAUUUCAACAAUUUGCCCUUUCCUGUUCACUGUAGUCCAACCCUAUUAAUCACAUUUUAGGUCCUUCUCCUUUUCGCCCCCUUCUGUUUUUCUACUGGACUUCCUCUGUUUAAGGAAUCAUCAUCAUAAUUUAUUAUUUGUACCCCGCCCAUCUGGCUAAGUUUCCCCAGCCACUCUGGGCGGCUUCCAACAAAGAUUAAAAAUACAUUAAAAUUUCACACCUUAAAAACUUCCCUGAACAGGGCUGCCUUCAGAUGUCUUAUAAAUGUCAGGUAGUUGUCUAUCUCUUUGACAUCUGAUGGGAGGGCGUAUCACAGGGCGGGUGCCACUACCGAAAAGGCCCUCUGCCUAGUUCCCUGUAGCUUUGCUUUUCGCAGUGAGGGAACUGCUAGAAGGCCCUCGGCGCUGGACCUCAGUGUCCGGGCAGAACGAUGGGGGUGGACACGCUCCUUCAGGUAUACUGGGCCGAGGCCAUUUAGGGCUUUAAAGGUCAGCACCAACACUUUGAAUUGUGCUCGGAAAUGUACUGGGAGCCAGUGUAGGUCUUUCAAGACCAGUGUUAUGUGGUCUUGGCGGCCGCUCCCAGUCACCAGUCUAGCUGCCGCAUUCUGGAUUAGUUGUAGUUUCCAGGUCACCUUCAAAGGUAGCCCCACAUAGAGCGCAUUGCAGUAGUCCAAGCGAGAGAUAACUAGAGCAUGCACCACUCUGGCGAGACAGUCCGCGGGCAGGUAGAGUCUCAGCCUGCGUACCAGAUGGUGCUGAUAAACAGCUGCCCUGGACACAGAAUUGACCUGUUCCUCCAUAGACAGCUGUGAGUCCAAAAUGAUUCCCAGGCUGCACACCUGGUUCUUCAGGGGCACAGUUACCCCAUUCAGGACCAGGGAGUCCUCCACACCAGCCCACCCCCUAUUCCCCAAGAACAGUACUUCUGUCUUGUCAGGAUUCAGCCUUAAUCCAUUAGCCGCCAUCCAUCCUCCAACUGCCUCCAGGCACUCACACAGGACAUUCACCGCCUUCACUGGUUCUGAUUUGAAAGAGAGGUACAGCUUUUCCAUGUUUGUUCCUAGAUUACCCAUGGGAUAAAUCCAGUCUGAAAACAAUACCAGUCGACUUGACACAGUUUAAGGAACUGGAUGCCUAUGCAUCAAAGGUAUGCAAUCUCUUUUACAGGGUGGAAUAAUAGUGUGGAAUUUGCUGGGAUGCAGAGAUCCUUUUCCAUGUGGAUUUGGAAUUUGAGAGUGCCUUCAAGUGUGCUCUCCUGAUAGGAGGAAACCCUCCGUUCCCAAUGGGAAACAUCAUGAGUCGCAAGACCCAGCUCCUGUUUCCCACAUGAUGGACAGACACAACAGAGCGCCUAUUUAUGUAGGCUGCAUAUGCACCAUAGGUAAAGGACCCCUGGACGGUUAAGUCUAGUCAAAGGUGACUAUGGGGAUGUGGGAGGCACUGUGGUCUAAACCACUGAGCUUCUUGGGGUUACCCAUCAGAAGGUUGGUGGUUCAAAUCCCUACAACAGGGUGAGCUCCCGUUGCUCUGUCCCAGCUCGUGCCAACCUAGCAGUUCGGAAGCAUACCAGUGCAAGUAGAUAAACAGGUACCACUGGGGCGGGAAGGUAAACAGCGUUUCUGUGCGCUCUGGUUUCUGUCACGGUGUCCCGUUGUGCCAGAAGCUGUUUAGUCCUCCUAGCCACAUGACACGGAAAGCUGUCUGUGAACAAAUGCUGGCUCCCUCCGCCUGAAAGCGAGAUGAGCGCUGCAACCCCAUAGUCACCUUUGACUGGACAUAACCGUCCAGGGGUCCUUUACCUUUUACCUUUUAUACGCACUAUAUAAAUACACCAAAGUAUCCUGGAAACUAUCAUAACCCCACAGAGCUGCAAUUCCCAGAACCCGUAAACAAACCACUGUUCCUAGGAUUCUUUUUUGGGGCAGAGAGAUAUGCUUUAAAUGUUUCAUACAGUACUUAGCUAUUUUGGGAUGGCAUUCCCUUGGCUGCUCCUUUGCUUUUAAAAUUCAAGAGAUAAAUCAAAAGUCAAAUAAGAUUAGAGUCAACAACCACAGUUUAGCAGCCAUUCCCUCUCCUCAGAGAACUCUGGCUAGCAGUCAUUAACAAGCAAUUAUCAGUGCCGAUGUGAGGAAUCUCUGAAGGAACUCAUGACAAUUAAACUGGUGUACAAUCAAUAUGUAUUGUUGGUGGUGGCGGCACAGCAGUCCACCCCAGAUUUCACACUUCUGCCUGGUGACAACAGUAGGGCCGGCUCUGGAUCCUGGGCUGCCUCAGCCCCUCGCCCUCCCUGCUCUCAGCAGGGCUGUCUUAAGCAUAUGCGGUGCCGGGGUGCAAAGAUCUGCCCGGUGGCCCCCCCGGUUGCCCAGUUCCAGGAGAGUAGGAGGGCGGAGCCAGCCAGCUGCCUCAGCGUCUUACUGGCUCAGUCGCCCCCAAACUCGUGGCACAGAGCCCCCCGCAGCAGAAGAGCCCACCACGGCGCUCUAACCAAUGGGCGGUCUCUUCCCUGGACUCAACUCUUGGGCCCCUGACUCUCAGCCUGGCGCCCCUGAGAGCCCAGAGCCCGGGUGUCCCGCACCCCUAGCACCUGUGGGUAAGACGGCCCUGGCUCUCAGAAUGCCCUGCUGGCUGUAGUUUCGCCCACCCACAGGUGGAACAGGUUGCUCUGUACUGGUGGAUGGAGACUGGCAUCUCUCUCCACCAGUAGAAGUCAGCACUUCUGCCAAAUCCAAGACCACCACCCAUUGCCCGACACAAAGGGGAUUUGAAUUUCAGUGAAAGAUUGUGGGAAUGGCAUGCCCCUGUGCCCUGGAAAAGAUUAUGCAUGCUUCUCCCUUCAGAACAAUUCUUAAUGUGCAGUUCUGUGCAGUUUUACUCAGAAGUAAGCUCCACUGAGUUCAAAAAGACCGACACCCGCUCGGAAAAUUCAUCAGCAUUCUAAUGCAAAUUCCUCCUAAUGCACUGAAUUUUGCAAAGCGUUUCCCCUAAUACAAUGUGUUCUUAUGCACAUAUUACCUUGCAUGCAUAUUUAUUACAUGUACAUACGUUUUUGCAGACAUUCCUAUCUGAAGAGCUGUACUGCAACACCCAGAGCAGGGCAGAUUUUGAAAGAUUGCUCUGUUUCAGUUUGUUUAUCAUUUCGGAAAGCGCAAAUUAAAUAGGGUGACCUUGAAAUGUAAAAAAGAAAUGAAAAAAGACUGGCACCCAUGUCAGUGCAUGUAGGACUGCACCUUAGGCUUUAUUUAAACAGGUGGUUGCCUUAGAUAGAAAAAUGGAACUGGGUACCCCUUUCCCAUAUCAAAAGCUACUGGAUCUUUUCCCUCUUGUGAAACAGGUAAAUGUCAGGAAUAGCGUGGCAAACCUGGUGAGUGCCUUGCUCCAAAAAGCCCACAGUGACCUGGAGAAAGUCCGAGCCAUUUGGAUGUGGAUUUGCCGCCACAUAGGUAGGUGGCGGUGACAACUUUUUGUAUGCUUGUGCCUCUUUGCUUCUGACAACAUCACAACGGACAGGCAUUCCACAGGUAAAGCUCUCCCCUAGCCCUGCAUCUCCAUCCAUACUGGGGGAGAUUUUCCUUUGGAAGUGCUGCCUGCCUUGCAGCCUGGAUGCCCCACAGGAGUGAGAAAACUCUGAAACAGGAUGGGGAAGCUGUGGCCAUAAUGUUGAACUACAAACUCCCAUCAUUCCUGACCACUGGUCAUGCUAGCAUGCGGUGAGAGGAGCAGGAAGUCUCUGUGCUGCUGGUUGUUGCUUUUCUUUAGAAUUGAUUGCAGAGUCAGUUGAGGUACAUUCAAAGCACAUUCUUUUCCUCAAAGAAGUCUGGGCACUGUGGUGUGUUGAGUAUUGCUGGGAAUUGUAACUGUGAGGCGUAUUCUACAGUGUCCAGAAUUAUUUGAGGGAAAGAAUGUGCUUUGAAUGUGUGUUAAAGGUGAGGUGGCAUGUAACAAUAGGUAAAAAGGUAAAGGUAAAGGACCCCUGGACAGUUAAGUCCAGUCAAAGGCGAUUAUGGGAUUGUGGUGCUCAUCUCGCUUUCAGGCCAAGGGAGCCGGUGUUUGUCCACAGACAGCUUUCCAGGUCAUGUGGCCAGCAGGACUAAACUGCUUCUGGUGCAGUGGGACACGACGGAAACCAGAGCGCACAGAAACACUGUUUACCUUCCUGCCGCAGCAGUACCUAUUUAUCUACUUGCACUGGCAUGCUUUCGAACUGCUAGGUUGGCAGGAGUUGGGACAGAGCGAUGGGAGCUCACCCCGUCGCGGGGAUUUGAACCGCCGACGUUACAAUCGGCAAGCCCAAGAGGCUCAGUGGUUUAAACCACAGCGCCACCCAUGUCCCAUGUAACAAUAUUUUCAUUUAAUUGAUCAAUCACUCUGAUCUUCUGCUCAAAGUUUGCAUUCCGAGUGAAACUGUUGCAGUCCCUUAUUCACUGUGCAUUUCAUGCUUUGGGGUGGUAUGUCUUUUUUUCUCCAGAAUACGAUGUGGAAGGCUACCAUAACCUUGACAAGGUGUCUUGUGAGGCAGCUGAUGUCCUUCGAUCAGGAAAAGGCAUUUGCGCUGGAUAUUCUGGACUCUUUGAAGAAAUGUGCAGGUAAUUCCUAUUGGCCCCAGUCUCCAUGACAAACGGUUGUUACUUGGCAAGGAUGAUGGGAGGUAUGGUGAGCCACGGGUUCCCUAACCCAGCCCCAAACUAUGAAUGCUCCUGAAGCAAAUUUUGAUAUAUAGGCUUGCAUUGUAAUUGAGGUAGGUCCAUUGAAAUCAAUUCAUGAUUAACUUGUUUUCAGUGGUAUUCAGCCCAUAUUCUCUUAGUUUGCAUUUUAUAUUCUAAUGCACAAUUAUGGAAAGAAGGACCAAAACACAGGUGUGCUGGAAAUCUUGUACGCACCCUGUUAUGUAUUCAGUUUGCCUGAGCUUGAGUCUGGACUAAGGAUUCUGACCCCUGUGUUCUGAUUUGAUACAUGAUAUCCAAUCACAGAACAUUUCAGGAUUUGGGCCUCUGCCAUGGGACGCGGGUGGCGCUGUGCCCUAAACCACAGAGCCUAGGGCUUGCCAAUCAGAAGGUCAGCAGUUCGAAUCCCUGUGACUGGGUGAGCUCCCAUUGCUCGGUACCUGCUCCUGCAGACCUAGCAGUCUGAAAGCACAUCAAAGUGCAAGUAGAUAAAUAGGUACCACUCCGGCGGGAAGGUAAACGGCAUUUCCAUGCGCUGCUCUGGUUUCACCAGAAGCGGCUUAGUCAUGCUAGCCUCAUGACCCGGAAAAACUGUCUGCAGACAAACGUCGGCUCCCUCGGCCAGUAAAGCAAGAUGAGCGCCGCAACCCCAAAGUUGUUCGCGACAGGAUUUAACUGUCAGGGGUCCUUUACCUUUUUACAUUGGCUGUUAAACUCUGAGUCAUGAUUCGCAUCUUGGAAGUUUAGACAGCCAAUCACGUUGGGAGUGGGAGUGGCCAAGGCCUUCAGAAAUGUACAUAAGCAGUUGCUUUGCUCCUGUUGUCCAGUUCUGUUAAUUCAAUAAAGGUUCUUGCUGUUAUCACUCUGUCUUGCCUCGUGGGAACCUGCCUACGCUUCACACCCUCCCUAAACAAGCAUCCUUCACCAAUCACUGCCUGCAUGUUUUAUAGCCCCUCUGUGCUACCUUAGAAGCUUAAGCUAAAUUUCUCUGUCUGUCUGUCUUCAGAAUGUAAGCUGAGAUUCUCAGGCUGCCAGAUUUUGCUUCUGACGACAGCUUCUGUGUCAAUGCAUGAAAUGCAAUGGGCUUGAAAUAAUGUUGUUUGGCUUCUCCCUGAAAACAGAACAAAAAUUAUGCAUGACAAUUCCAGCCCAAAAGAGCAGUGAAAUGGCAUUCCUGAGUACUUUUCUUUCUCCUCAGUAUUGCAGGGAUACAGUGCAAGACGUUGUCAGGGUACGCCAAAGGGGCUGGGUACAAACUAGGAAAAGUCUUUAAGGGAGCGAGUAAUCAUGCUUGGAAUGUUGUCCAUCUGGAUGGAAGCUGGCACCUUUUGGACAGUACGUGGGGAAGUGGUUACGUGGAUGAUGGCAAGAAGAGCUUCACUUUCAGGUAUGCUGUUAGGCAAAAGAAAGCCUGAAGACAGUGUGGGACUCAGUGAAGGUAUAGUUUACUUCUGGUGCUUUUAGAAGGCUUUUUAUUUUGUCUGUUUGCGAUUUGAUGGCUACAGGGCUGACCAUUUGCAAUGAGAACCAAGCCGAUGGUGAUGGGGGAAAUUAUGGAAACUCCACCAACCAUUCAUUUAUCUCCUUGAGUGGUUGUAGAGUAUUAUGCUUAUCCUGGGGAUGAUGGAAGCUAGGUUGUUGCAACAUAACAGCCUCCGUCAACCCAGUGCCCUCCAGCUGUUUUGGACCACAAUUCCCAUCAUCCUUCAUGCUAGCUGGGGUUGAUGGGACAUAGAGUUCAGCAACAUCUGGAAGGAAUCAGAUUGGGGAAGGCUUGUUUAGCACAGUGUGCAAAGCCUCAGCUGUGCCCAAUGUUAACGAAAGCUGGUUUAAACAAACUAACUGGAUAAGCCAUGGCUUGUCAAAUAAACCACUGUUAACAUUAAGCAUGGAUUUGGGUGAGACAAACUGAUUAAUCUGAACCAGGAUCUAGUUUCUUCACAGCAGUGUGUGAAUGUGAGGCUGGCUUUGGCUCAUUUUUGACAUGCUAAACCUGACAUCGGAACUGCGCCAUGGGCAUAGCCAAGGGGGGGGGGAGGCAGGGGGAGCAGCUGCACCCCCAUCAAGUAAAUAAAUCAAAAUACUUAACUAGCUGACCGGUUGCAUCGCAGAUAGCUCAAUUCUGCCCCCCCUAAUCUAAAUCCUGGCUAUACACACAAACUGGGCCGAUAUUAUUCCACACUAAGCUUUAGGUAACUUUCCCAGUUUGACUCUGGUGAUGACUGAGACAAUUUUAUGAAAUGCUGCACAAUUCUGCCUUCCCCUUUUGCAGGUACAAUGAGUUUUACUUCCUUACCCAUCCUGCUCUGUUUAUUAAUGAUCACUUCCCAGAAGACCACAGCUGGCAGCUUCUGAAACGGACAUUAUCACUGCAGCAGUUUGAACGCGAUGUGUGGUAUAAGCCUGCGUUUUAUUCAGUGGGACUGAUAGGCACCUCCACGGCAACAUCAGUCAUCGAAACAGGUAAAGUCAAUCAGAAGCAUCCGUCUUGUUGUUUUUGGCAGUUACGCUGACAAUCCGUCUCAUGUUUUUUCAAAGGCGAAGUGCCCCAUGACAUGAGUCGCUACUGCAUUAUUAUGAAGCAGAGAUGAGGGAACCUGUGGAUCGGAGAACCUCCAGAGGUCGCUGGACUACAACUCCCAUCAUCCCUGACGAUGGGUCGUGCUAACAGGGGCUGAUGGGAGCUGGAGUCUCACAACAGCUGGAGGGCCACAUAGGUUCCUCACGCAACAAUUGUGAGGCAGCUGGAUUGUGUCUGGUCUAUCUGGACAAUCCCCAUGCAUUACAUAUUGAUAUAUAUUUCAGCAGAGCCUAGGACCCUCAUACCUACGGGACCGCCUCUCCCAGUAUGCCCCACGGAGAGCCUCAAGGUCCAUAAAUAGCAACACCCUAGUGGUCCCGGGCCCUAAGGAAGUUAGAUUAGCUUCAACCAGAGCCAGGGCCUUUUCAACACUGGCUCCGGCCUGGUGGAACACUCUGCCUCAUGAGACCAGGGCCCUGCAGGAUCGGAUUUCUUUCCGCAGGGCCUGUAAGACAGAGUUGUUCCACCUAGCGUUUGGCUUGGAGCCAAUUUGAUUCCCUCCCUCUCUUUCUUUUUUCUUUUCCUUCUCCUGCGAUGAGGCUACAUUUUAAUAUUUUAAUGUUUCAAUAUUUUAAUGUUGUAUUUUAAUCUUGUUUUUAAGUUGUAUUCAUUCAACUUGUUUUUAUUAUUGCUUGUUAGCCGCCCUGAGCCUGGCCUUGGCUGGAGAGGGCGGGGUAUAAAUAAAAAUUAUUAAUAUUAUUGUUAUUAUAAAACUCUGCUAAGACCUACUGAAUGACAGAAUAAAUAAACAUAAACCAGCACAACAAACUCUCACUUGCACAACAGAACUUUCCCCUCCUCUCCCUUGCAGUCCUCAUGAGCGUUUCUCUUUUAAACAAGUAUUAACCACCAUUGGAAACUCUUCACUUUUCUUUCACAGAAAACGGCAAGGCAACUGUUUCCAUUGAGAGUCGUUCUCCGACCCUCUUCCUUUGCAACCUCAACGGGGCAAAAGAGCAGUGCUUCAUGACCUUGCAGAGGAACGGGAUGACCGUGGAAGUGUAUCCUCAGGAGGUGGGAACUCAUAGCUUGGACAUCUUUGCCAAACCUUCCAAGAGCAAGGAGGAGGACUACAGCCACGUUCUAAACUACUCCCUGGUGUGCCGAUCUGUGGACAAGAGCUUCCACUUGCCCAAAGCGCUCAUCUAUCCUGUGGGGCCCAGCUGGUCAUCAGAGGAAAAGGGGAUCCUGGAGGCUUUGCCCGAUAGCCCCAUCAUACACACCGACGACGGCCGCUGUGUUGUCACUUUCACUCGGACGAGUGACCUGGACUUCUUUGCCACCCUGGACUCGGAUACCAGCCGCACGCCAGAGGCCGUACGGAGGCGUCACAUCUGGACAACUCGCUGGGGCACUAAGGUUGAGUUGAAGGUACAUCUCCCUCACGCAGGGGCCUUUGCUCUUCACAUCUGGGCAAAGAAAGCAUCUGACCCGGGCAGCAGUCACUGCGCCCUCAGCUACCUCAUCUCCUGCCCAAAUAAGAAGGUGACGUGGCCGGUUUUCCCACAAAGCUACACAAACUGGGAGGAUGCCUUUGAGCUGGUGGCACCUCUCGCCGGGGUCCUGCCGGCCAACCGUGAUGUAACGUUCAAACUCAAGCUGCCUGGUGCAGAUGGGGUGUCUGUCGAAUGUGGAAAGUCUCGCCCACUGAGGCUGAGUGAAGACGGUUUCUGGGAGGGAACCUGCAGCACCUCAGGUGGCUCCACAGUGACAGUGAGAAUGGCAAAAGGUGGCAGUAAUACCUUCUGGUCCCUGUUGGAGUACAAAGUGGAAAGUCACUAG